GGAGCGUGGGGCGCCGGGUGCCGAGCCACAAGUCCUGGCCGCUCCUGCGCGCUCCCGCCUCCCCGGGGCUCAGAGGAGCCGGGGCACUUUCGGGGCUGGGGCUGCCAUUCCAGAGCUGGGGGGUCGCUUCCGGCUGCCGCGUCCUGUGCGGUCCUGCAGACCCAGAGAAGCGCCGAGCCGUCCCUGCCCCGGGAACUUCCCGCAGAUCCGCCGCGAUCUGGCUGCGGCGGGGGCCGCAGGGUUUAAAAGCAGCGGUGCGGAGCCGGGAGUGAAGCAGCAUGGAUGUGGUCAGCCAAGUCCCUGUGGAAGUCGAGCUUCCCAAGCACAUCCUGGAUGUCUGGGUCAUUGUCCUCAUCAUCCUGGCCACCAUUGUCAUCAUGACCUCCUUGUUGCUGUGCCCAGCCACUGCAGUCAUCAUCUAUCGCAUGCGAACUCAUCCAGUCCUCAGUGGGGCUGUCUGAGAACCUCCCAAGAGGGCCAGGUGUCCCAUCCCCCAGCCUCUUCCCCAUUCUCUGAAAAGCAGCAGGAGGGACUUUGGAGCUUGGACCUGAGUUCUAGUUUUGAUUCUGUCACUGGUCAGCUGUGUGAAUUGGGUUGAGGGACCUAACUCUAUGAGUUCCAGGUCCCUUAUCUUUCAAAUGGGGAUCAUGAUCCCUGCCCUUCCUACCUCGUAGGGUUGUGAGAAACAAUGGACUAAGUGGAGGUGAAAGCUGUUUGUGAGCAGCAAAGCCGCCACAGGUAUACAGAUGUUAUGCUGAGUGCUGAGAAACUUUGAAGAGCCAAAGAACCUAAUUACUGAUGAUGGCCUUAAAGGUGUUGAGGGAGACACUGGGGGUAGAGCAGCCUUUGCCAGUGCCCCUGAUGUCAAACCAAACAAAGGGCACCUUGUCCUCAUUCCAGGGGCCAGUGGUACAUUGGCUUAAGGUUAUUUUCUUUGAGGUGCCAUUCCCUCAUGUUUUCUCAAUUGGGAGGGAACUGAGUAUGGCAGGUUGAAGGAAAUGGGUAGAACUUUCCAGAAUCUUCUCUAUGUCAGAAUCUCUUCCCCUGUAUAAUCUGCAGAAGAGCUCUGCCUUUUUUUCUUUUCUUCUUUUUUGGUUAAUGCCAAGGGAGUUGAGGUGAUGGGCUUCUUUCUGCACUGGAGUCUCAUGUCUCUGUCAGCUUUGGCACUCAAGCAAUGUUGGAAAAUGCAGGGUGGUUGAGUUCCCUGCCCAGCUUUCAGGAUCUCCAGCCCCCUCCUCUUGUGUACCCUUCAUGAGAGGAGCUGUGUCCCCCUGCCCCAGAUUCCGCUAUAAUUAGCUCUAUGUACACUCCCUUCACUCCCUCCCACAAGCACUGCAGCCAGUCCAAGGUACUUAUAUUUUAAGAGAUGUUCCCAGGGCUUUUAGAACCAACUCAAAACAAUGAUGGUUAUGUUAGAUGCUAUGAUUUAUAUUUAUAUAAAGAUAUUUCUGGACUCAAGUGCUUUGAUACCAAAAUCAGGAAUGUCCUGGGAUAUAUUAAAUUAUGUAAGAAGAUAGCAGAGAUAUCAGGAUAUUAUUGUAUGAAAAUGAUGCUUUUACUUUGAUCUGAUUUCUUUAAUGCAUUCAACAAAUUUCCAAUAAAGUGCUAGAAUGAG